AUGGUUGAAGGUCUCUUGGGCGCUGGCCCGGUUCUGAACGGGCUGUUCAAGAUCGGUCAAACUGUCUACGCAAUGAUCGCUGUGACCGGGCAAGCGCGUGAUUUGCUUGAUUCUGCCUGUCACGUCACAGCAUCAGUGGAGACUGUCCGGUCGUUGCGUCGACAAAAAUCCGGUCUCCUUCAGGCCGAAGAGAAGAAAUGGGUCGACCGAGUGAUCAACGAUACAGAAAAAACAUUGAACAACGUUGCCUCCCUCGUAGAGCCAGCUCGAGUGGAUAUGCAAACGAAUGCCGGGAAGAUAGGAUUUGUCAAUCGGGCACUCUUUGUGUUUCGUGACUCGCCCAAGGUUGCGACAAACUUCGCCAGACUCACUUUGACCAGCCAGAGUCUCAACACAGCUCUUACCAUGCUCAGCUCGAGGGAA